AUGCCAAGCUGGACAAGACGAACGCGGCGCUGGAGCAGCAGCUGGCGGAGUGGAAGGCCCGCGCCACCAGCGUGGAUGCCGAGCGCGGCGACCUGUCUGAGCGCCUUGCACGGCUGGAGGGUGAGCACGCGGAGCUGGGCAAGACGAACGCGGCGCUGGAGCAGCAGCUGGCGGAGUGGAAGGCCCGCGCCACCAGCGUGGAUGCCGAGCGCGGCGACCUGUCUGAGCGCCUUGCGCGGCUGGAGGGUGAGCACGCGAAGCUGGGCAAGGCACAUGCCAAGCUGGACAAGACGAACGCGGCGCUGGAGCAGCAGCUGGCGGAGUGGAAGGCCCGCGCCACCAGCGUGGACGCCGAGCGCGGCGACCUGUCUGAGCGCCUUGCACGGCUGGAGGGUGAGCACGCGGAGCUGGGCAAGGCACAUGCCAAGCUGGACAAGACGAACGCGGCGCUGGAGCAGCAGCUGGCGGAGUGGAAGGCCCGCGCCACCAGCGUGGAUGCCGAGCGCGGCGACCUGUCUGAGCGCCUUGAGCGGCUGGAGGGUGAGCACGCGGAGCUGGGCAAGGCACAUGCCAAGCUGGACAAGACGAACGCGGCGCUGGAGCAGCAGCUGGCGGAGUGGAAGGCCCGCGCCACCAGCGUGGACGCCGAGCGCGGCGACCUGUCUGAGCGCCUUGCGCGGCUGGAGGGUGAGCACGCGAAGCUGGGCAAGGCACAUGCCAAGCUGGACAAGACGAACGCGGCGCUGGAGCAGCAGCUGGCGGAGUGGAAGGCCCGCGCCACCAGCGUGGAUGCCGAGCGCGGCGACCUGUCUGAGCGCCUUGCACGGCUGGAGGGUGAGCACGCGGAGCUGGGCAAGGCACAUGCCAAGCUGGACAAGACGAACGCGGCGCUGGAGCAGCAGCUGGCGGAGUGGAAGGCCCGCGCCACCAGCGUGGAUGCCGAGCGCGGCGACCUGUCUGAGCGCCUUGCACGGCUGGAGGGUGAGCACGCGGAGCUGGGCAAGACGAACGCGGCGCUGGAGCAGCAGCUGGCGGAGUGGAAGGCCCGCGCCACCAACGUGGAUGCCGAGCGCGGCGACCUGUCUGAGCGCCUUGCACGGCUGGAGGGUGAGCACGCGGAGCUGGGCAAGGCACAUGCCAAGCUGGACAAGACGAACGCGGCGCUGGAGCAGCAGCUGGCGGAGUGGAAGGCCCGCGCCACCAGCGUGGAUGCCGAGCGCGGCGACCUGUCUGAGCGCCUUGCACGGCUGGAGGGUGAGCACGCGGAGCUGGGCAAGACGAACGCGGCGCUGGAGCAGCAGCUGGCGGAGUGGAAGGCCCGCGCCACCAGCGUGGAUGCCGAGCGCGGCGACCUGUAUGAGCGCCUGCGCGUGGAGGGUGAGCACGCGGAGCUGGGCAAGACGAACGCGGCGCUGGAGCAGCAGCUGGCGGAGUGGAAGGCCCGCGCCACCAGCGUGGAUGCCGAGCGCGGCGACCUGUCUGAGCGCCUUGCGCGGCUGGAGGGUGAGCACGCGGAGCUGGGCAAGGCACAUGCCAAGCUGGACAAGACGAACGCGGCGCUGGAGCAGCAGCUGGCGGAGUGGAAGGCCCGCGCCACCAGCGUGGAUGCCGAGCGCGGCGACCUGUCUGAGCGCCUUGCGCGGCUGGAGGGUGAGCACGCGGAGCUGGGCAAGGCACAUGCCAAGCUGGACAAGACGAACGCGGCGCUGGAGCAGCAGCUGGCGGAGUGGAAGGCCCGCGCCACCAGCGUGGAUGCCGAGCGCGGCGACCUGUCUGAGCGCCUUGCACGGCUGGAGGGUGAGCACGCGGAGCUGGGCAAGACGAACGCGGCGCUGGAGCAGCAGCUGGCGGAGUGGAAGGCCCGCGCCACCAGCGUGGAUGCCGAGCGCGGCGACCUGUCUGAGCGCCUUGCACGGCUGGAGGGUGAGCACGCGGAGCUGGGCAAGGCACAUGCCAAGCUGGACAAGACGAACGCGGCGCUGGAGCAGCAGCUGGCGGAGUGGAAGGCCCGCGCCACCAGCGUGGACGCCGAGCGCGGCGACCUGUCUGAGCGCCUUGCACGGCUGGAGGGUGAGCACGCGGAGCUGGGCAAGGCACAUGCCAAGCUGGACAAGACGAACGCGGCGCUGGAGCAGCAGCUGGCGGAGUGGAAGGCCCGCGCCACCAGCGUGGAUGCCGAGCGCGGCGACCUGUCUGAGCGCCUUGAGCGGCUGGAGGGUGAGCACGCGGAGCUGGGCAAGGCACAUGCCAAGCUGGACAAGACGAACGCGGCGCUGGAGCAGCAGCUGGCGGAGUGGAAGGCCCGCGCCACCAGCGUGGAUGCCGAGCGCGGCGACCUGUCUGAGCGCCUUGCGCGGCUGGAGGGUGAGCACGCGAAGCUGGGCAAGGCACAUGCCAAGCUGGACAAGACGAACGCGGCGCUGGAGCAGCAGCUGGCGGAGUGGAAGGCCCGCGCCACCAGCGUGGAUGCCGAGCGCGGCGACCUGUCUGAGCGCCUUGCACGGCUGGAGGGUGAGCACGCGGAGCUGGGCAAGGCACAUGCCAAGCUGGACAAGACGAACGCGGCGCUGGAGCAGCAGCUGGCGGAGUGGAAGGCCCGCGCCACCAGCGUGGACGCCGAGCGCGGCGACCUGUCUGAGCGCCUUGCGCGGCUGGAGGGUGAGCACGCGGAGCUGGGCAAGGCACAUGCCAAGCUGGACAAGACGAACGCGGCGCUGGAGCAGCAGCUGGCGGAGUGGAAGGCCCGCGCCACCAGCGUGGAUGCCGAGCGCGGCGACCUGUCUGAGCGCCUUGCACGGCUGGAGGGUGAGCACGCGGAGCUGGACAAGACGAACGCGGCGCUGGAGCAGCAGCUGGCGGAGUGGAAGGCCCGCGCCACCAGCGUGGAUGCCGAGCGCGGCGACCUGUCUGAGCGCCUUGCACGGCUGGAGGGUGAGCACGCGAAGCUGGGCAAGGCACAUGCCAAGCUGGACAAGACGAACGCGGCGCUGGAGCAGCAGCUGGCGGAGUGGAAGGCCCGCGCCACCAGCGUGGAUGCCGAGCGCGGCGACCUGUCUGAGCGCCUUGCACGGCUGGAGGGUGAGCACGCGGAGCUGGGCAAGGCACAUGCCAAGCUGGACAAGACGAACGCGGCGCUGGAGCAGCAGCUGGCGGAGUGGAAGGCCCGCGCCACCAGCGUGGAUGCCGAGCGCGGCGACCUGUCUGAGCGCCUUGCGCGGCUGGAGGGUGAGCACGCGGAGCUGGGCAAGGCACAUGCCAAGCUGGACAAGACGAACGCGGCGCUGGAGCAGCAGCUGGCGGAGUGGAAGGCCCGCGCCACCAGCGUGGAUGCCGAGCGCGGCGACCUGUCUGAGCGCCUUGCACGGCUGGAGGGUGAGCACGCGGAGCUGGGCAAGGCACAUGCCAAGCUGGACAAGACGAACGCGGCGCUGGAGCAGCAGCUGGCGGAGUGGAAGGCCCGCGCCACCAGCGUGGAUGCCGAGCGCGGCGACCUGUCUGAGCGCCUUGCGCGGCUGGAGGGUGAGCACGCGGAGCUGGGCAAGGCACAUGCCAAGCUGGACAAGACGAACGCGGCGCUGGAGCAGCAGCUGGCGGAGUGGAAGGCCCGCGCCACCAGCGUGGAUGCCGAGCGCGGCGACCUGUCUGAGCGCCUUGCGCGGCUGGAGGGUGAGCACGCGGAGCUGGACAAGACGAACGCGGCGCUGGAGCAGCAGCUGGCGGAGUGGAAGGCCCGCGCCACCAGCGUGGAUGCCGAGCGCGGCGACCUGUCUGAGCGCCUUGAGCGGCUGGAGGGUGAGCACGCGGAGCUGGGCAAGGCACAUGCCAAGCUGGACAAGACGAACGCGGCGCUGGAGCAGCAGCUGGCGGAGUGGAAGGCCCGCGCCACCAGCGUGGAUGCCGAGCGCGGCGACCUGUCUGAGCGCCUUGCGCGGCUGGAGGGUGAGCACGCGAAGCUGGGCAAGGCACAUGCCAAGCUGGACAAGACGAACGCGGCGCUGGAGCAGCAGCUGGCGGAGUGGAAGGCCCGCGCCACCAGCGUGGACGCCGAGCGCGGCGACCUGUCUGAGCGCCUUGCACGGCUGGAGGGUGAGCACGCGGAGCUGGGCAAGGCACAUGCCAAGCUGGACAAGACGAACGCGGCGCUGGAGCAGCAGCUGGCGGAGUGGAAGGCCCGCGCCACCAGCGUGGAUGCCGAGCGCGGCGACCUGUCUGAGCGCCUUGCGCGGCUGGAGGGUGAGCACGCGGAGCUGGGCAAGUCUCAUGCAAGGUUGA